UUUGCCCCAUCUACUGCGAGGAUGAAGACCAUUCUCAGCAAUCAGACUGUGGACAUUCCAGAGAAUGUCGAUAUCACUCUGAAGGGGCGCACAGUCAUUGUGAAGGGCCCCAGGGGGACUCUACGAAGGGACUUCAAUCACAUCAACGUGGAGCUGAGUCUUCUUGGGAAGAAAAAGAAAAGGCUCCGGGUUGACAAAUGGUGGGGUAACAGAAAGGAACUGGCCACCGUCAGGACCAUCUGCAGUCAUGUUCAGAACAUGAUCAAGGGUGUCACACUGGGCUUCCGAUACAAGAUGCGGUCUGUGUAUGCUCACUUCCCCAUCAACGUUGUCAUCCAGGAGAAUGGCUCUUUGGUUGAAAUCCGAAAUUUCUUGGGUGAAAAAUACAUCCGCAGGGUUCGGAUGAGGACAGGUGUUGCUUGUUCUGUCUCUCAAGCCCAGAAGGAUGAGUUAAUCCUUGAAGGAAAUGACAUUGAACUUGUUUCAAAUUCAGCUGCCCUGAUUGAGCAAGCCACAACAGUUAAGAACAAGGAUAUCCGGAAGUUUUUGGAUGGCAUCUAUGUGUCUGAGAAGGGAACUGUGCAGCAGGCUGACGAGUGAGGAGGCCUCAGUUCCUGGCUCCAGAAACGAGAUCCUGAUCACAAGNACAAUUUGGGCUCUUUUGGGAGAAUAAAAGNCUUAUAUAUUGAAAAAAAAAAAAAAAAAAAAAA